CCGGCAGCGGCACCGGCGGCAGCACCGGCGGCGGCGCCGGAGGCACCGGGAGAUUCUUUCCCGGGUCUUUCCAACCGGUUGCGCGGGGCCAUGCGGAGCCCGGCACCGGGAGGAGCCGCUGCCGGUACCGCGGAUCGCUAAGGAGGGACCCCGGAACCGGCACCGGGAGGAGCUCUGGCACCGGGCGGGGUGUGGGGGGGCGGCUCCGGGACCCGCUCCGGUACCGUCACCGUUACUGGCAGCGGCGCCGGCACCGCGGGUGGCUGCGGUCCCGCUCCCGGCAGCAUUCCCGGUGCCCGCUCCCCCCGGUGCCGGCGAUGAUGGAGCCGGUGCCGGGCUCCGGGAAGAGCCUGUCGCUGUCGCUGCCGGUGCCCCGGGAGGGCCCGGGGGCCCUGCGCCCCCCGCAGCACCUCUGGCGGCAGCCCCGCACCCCGAUCCGCAUCCGCCACCGCGGCUUCUCCGACACCGACCGGCACCGGCCCCGGCCCAUGGAGCGGGCGGAUGCCGUGGACACCGGGGACCGGCCCGGGCUGCGCAGCGCCCGCAUGUCCUGGCCCUCCUCCCUCCACGGCACCCCUGGCACCGGCAAGCGCUCGGAGGUGGAGAAUGGCCCGUGGGGAGGGGGCCCGAGCCCCCCCGAGGCCCGGGGGCUCCAGGCCGGGGCCCCCCCGGGGCAGCGCCGCGAGUCGUUCCUGUACCGCUCGGACAGCGAGUGCCCCGCCUCGCCCCGCAGCGGCUCCCGCAGCUCCUCCGUGGCCAGCGACGCCCACGCUGAGGAUUUGAUCGUCACCCCCUUUGCUCAGGUCCUGGCCAGCCUCCGCAGUGUCCGCACCAACUUCUCCAUCCUGACCAAAGCCACCACCCCCCCGGGAAGCACGCAGUCGCCCCUCGGCUCGCAGCCCCCCAAGGCCACACUGUCAGAGGACACGGCCCGGCAGUUGGCCCGGGACACGCUGGAGGAGCUCGAUUGGUGCCUGGAGCAGCUCGAGACGCUGCAGACCCACCGAGCGGUCAGCGAGAUGGCCUCCAACAAGUUCAAGCGGCUGCUGAACCGGGAGCUGACGCACUUGGCCGAGAUGAGCCGCUCGGGGAAUCAGGUGUCCGAGUUCAUCGCCAGCACCUUCCUGGACAAGCAGCCCGAGGUGGAGAUCCCCAGCCCCGGCCCCCCCGAGCGGGAGAAGCGGCGGCGGCCGCCCCCGGGCCGGGUGGGGGGGGGGGCUCGGGCGCUGCCCCCCGGCUGCAACCCCCCGCCCGUGCCCCGCUACGGCGUGGAGACCGACCGGGAGGAGCAGCUGGGCAAGGAGCUGGACAGCCUCAACCAGUGGGGCCUGAACAUCUUCCGCGUGUCCGAGUUCUCCAACAACCGCUCCCUCAGCUGCAUCAUGUUCACCGUCUUCCAGGAGCGGGACCUGGUGCGCGCCUUCGGGAUCCCGGAGCGGGCGCUGCUGGGCUACGCGCGGGCGCUGGAGCGGCACUACCACCCCGAGGUGGCGUACCACAACAGCCUGCACGCCGCCGACGUGCUGCAGUCCACACACGUCCUGCUGGCCACCCCCGCCCUGCAGGACGUGUUCACCGACCUGGAGGUUUUGGCCGCCCUCUUUGCCGCCGCCAUCCACGACGUCGACCACCCCGGGGUGUCCAACCAGUUCCUCAUCAACACCAACUCGGAGCUGGCGCUGCUCUACAACGACGAGUCGGUGCUGGAGAACCAUCACUUGGCCGUGGGCUUCAAACUGCUCCAGGAGCGCGACUGCGACAUCUUCCAGAACCUGUCCCGGCGGCAGCGCCAGGCCCUGCGCCAGAUGGUCAUCGACAUGGUGCUGGCCACGGACAUGUCCAAGCACAUGAGUCUCCUGGCUGACCUCAAGACCAUGGUGGAGACCAGGAAGGUGACGAGCUCGGGGGUCCUGCUGCUGGACAACUACACCGACCGCAUCCAGGUGCUGCGGAACAUGGUGCACUGCGCUGACCUGAGCAAUCCCACCAAACCUCUGGGGCUGUACCGGCAGUGGACGGAGCGGAUCAUGGAGGAGUUCUUCCGGCAGGGAGACCGGGAACGGGAGCGCGGCAUGGAGAUCAGCCCCAUGUGCGACAAGCACAGCGCCUCCGUGGAGAGAUCCCAGGUGGGGUUCAUCGAUUUCGUGGUGCAGCCGCUGUGGGAGGCCUGGGCCGAGCUGGUGCACCCGGACGGGCGGGAGAUGCUGCGGGCGCUGCACGAGAACCGCGAGUGGUUCCGCCUGCGGGCGCCGCCCAGCCCCGAGCCGGUACCAGCACCGGGAUCGGAACCGGGAACGGGAACAGCCCCCGGGACAGCCCGGUUCUGCUUCGAAACGGCACUGGAACCGGCACCGGGAACGGGAACAGCCCCCGGGACACCCCGGUUCUGCUUUGAAACGGCACUGGAACCGGGAAUGGAACCGGGAACGGAACCGGGAACGGGAACACCCCCCGGGACCCUCCGGAUCCACUUCGAACCGCCCCCGGGAACGGUACCAGGAUCGGCACCGGGAUCAGUACCGGGAACUCCCCCGGGAUCGGCACCGGGAACUCCCCCCGGGACCCUCCAGUUCUACUUCGAACCAGUCCCAGAGCCAUCCCCAGGACCGGGAACGGUACCGGGAACCCCCCCCGGGACCCUCCGGUUCCGAUCCGAGCCCCCCCCGGAGCCCCCCCCGGGACCGGCACCGGGAACCCCCCCGGGAGCGGGAGCGGCACCGGGACCGCCCCGGUUCCGUCUGGAGCCGCCCCCGGGGGAGGACGGGGAGGGGCGGGAACCCCCCCGGGAGGGCUGAGGGCAGAAAUUCCCGUUUUUCUUUUAUUGGAAUUAUUUUCAUUUA